AUGCACGAGCAAGCGAAGGUCGCGGUGAAGCAAGCCUCGGAUACUAGUGCAGGCGGAGCGCGGGGCUUUGGUGCGGCGGUGGGACGGCGAGCUCGAGGCGGUGGCGUCGGGUGUCACCCGGGAGGGCAGCACGGCGAGAAGUCCGGCGGCGGGUCGGAGGGCGCACGGGCUGCCGGUGCGAUCGUCGGGCGGGCGCGGGCGAGCUGCAGAUCGCAAGUCACGGGAGAGGGUUCAGGUUCGGGCGGGGCAGUUUGGAUUGCGGCGUCGCGGCUGGUCUUCGGCUCCGAAGGUGUGUCGCGCGGCGUCGAUGACCGGCGAACAGCAGAGUCGCUGCCGGUGCGGAGGGUAGGCGGGGCCGGCGGUGCGAGUGACGCCGGUCGGCGGGACGUCGGGUUGCGCGGCGGUCACGGCUAG